UCUCUCUCUCUCUCUCUCUCUCUCGAUUGCUACGCUCCUUUCUCUCCUUUCUUUUACUGUUUGGAUCUGAAUCUCAAUCAAAUAAUCUUGAUUCCGAUCCAGAUAUUUGAUUAAGAUUCGACUCGAUUUCCUUAGCCUCUGGAGGGAGAGGGUUCUGUUUGGGUCUUUUCAAUUUUCAAAGACAAAAAGGAAAUAAGAAAAGAUGACAGUUAGAACUCCAGGAACCCCAGCCAGUAAGACAGACAGGACGCCUGUAACAACACCUGGAGGCCCUAAAUCAAAGGAAGAGAAGAUUGUAGUUACUGUAAGGUUAAGGCCUUUAAGCAAAAGGGAGCAACUGGCCAAAGAUCAAGUAGCAUGGGACUGCGUCGACGAACACACCAUCGUGUCUAAACAUGCUGCUCAAGAACGCACAGCUCAGCCAACUUCUUUCACAUUUGAUAAAGUUUUUGGUCCUUCAUCCUUAACUGAAACGGUUUACGAGGAUGGAGUGAAGAAUGUUGCUUUGUCUUCUUUGAUGGGCAUCAAUGCUACGAUAUUUGCAUAUGGCCAAACCAGCAGUGGGAAGACAUACACGAUGAGAGGAAUAACAGAGAAGGCUGUUAAUGACAUCUACCAGCAUAUAUUGAAUACACCAGAGAGGGAUUUUACUAUUAAAAUUUCGGGAUUAGAAAUUUAUAAUGAGAAUGUUAGAGACCUGUUAAAUUCAGAAUCCGACCGCAAUCUCAAGCUUCUAGAUGAUCCGGAGAAAGGUACUGUGGUUGAGAAGUUGGUGGAAGAAACAGCAAGCAAUGAUCAGCAUUUAAGACAUCUGAUUAGCAUUUGUGAAGCUCAAAGGCAAGUUGGUGAAACUGCCUUAAAUGAUACUAGCUCACGGUCACACCAAAUAAUAAGAUUGACAAUUCAAAGUACCCUGCGUGAAAAUUCUGAUUGUGUGAGAUCAUUUGUUGCAAGCCUGAACUUUGUGGAUCUAGCUGGAAGUGAAAGAGCUUCACAAACACAUGCUGAUGGUGCAAGACUCAGGGAAGGCUGUCAUAUUAACCUUAGUUUGAUGACUCUGACAACUGUAAUCAGAAAACUCAGUGUUGGAAAAAGAAGUGGUCAUAUACCAUAUAGAGACUCGAAGCUUACUCGCAUAUUGCAGCACUCACUGGGUGGAAAUGCACGUACUGCCAUCAUAUGUACUCUGAGUCCAGCACUGAGUCAUUUUGAACAAUCUCGUAAUACUCUCUUCUUUGCCACUCGGGCAAAGGAAGUGACAAAUAAUGCACAAGUCAAUAUGGUUGUUUCGGAUAAACAACUAGUCAAACAUCUGCAGAAAGAAGUGGCCAGGCUAGAAGCAGAGCUUCGCACCCCUGAUCCAUCAAGGGAAAAAGACUUAAAAAUACAACAGAUGGAAAUGGAGAUUGAAGAACUGAAGCGCCAAAGAGAUCUUGCACAAUCUCAGGUGGAUGAGUUGCGCAGAAAACUUCAGGACGAUCAGCAGAUCUCAAACCCACUUGAAUCAUCACGUCCAUCAGUAAAGAAGUGCCUAUCUUAUUCUGGUGUGUUGUCCCCAAAACUUGAUGGUAAGGAGCUUGGCCGCAAUGAUAGAACAAGGAAAACAAUGUUAAGGCAGUCUAUGAGGCAAUCAUCAACCGCUCCUUUCACACUUAUGCAUGAAAUUCGUAAACUUGAACAUCUUCAAGAGCAGCUUGGAGAAGAAGCAAAUCGAGCUUUGGAAGUACUUCAAAAAGAGGUGGCUUGUCAUAGACUAGGUAAUCAAGAUGCAGCUGAGACAAUUGCCAAGCUGCAGGCAGAAAUAAGGGAGAUGCGUUCUGUCCGGUCAAUUCCAAAGGAAGUUGAAGUUGGAACUGCUAUAGCUCCUAACAAAAGUGUUAGUGCUAAUCUUAAGGAAGAGAUAACAAGACUUCAUUCACAAGGUAGCACAAUAGCUGACCUUGAGGAGCAAUUAGAGAAUGUUCAGAAGUCAAUAGACAAAUUGGUAAUGUCUCUUCCAAGCAAUAAUCAGGAAUCCAACCGUGAAGCAACCCCCAAAACUAAGAGUCAAUCUAAAAAGAAGAAGUUGCUUCCCUUAGCUUCUAGUAAUGCUGCGAACCGGCAAAAUUUUAUAAGAUCUCCAUGCUCACCUCUAUCAACCUCUCGGCAAAUUUUGGAGCCUGAGAAUGAAGAAAAUAGACCUCCAGAGGAUGAUGACAUUGUCUCCAAGGAGACUCUCCCAGAAUCUGAGAAAGAAACACCUGUGAAGAGUGAAGAGGGUGGAGAUGUCUCAUUAAAGGAAGGCACUCCAGGAUAUAGGCGUUCAAGUUCAGUCAACAUGAGGAAAAUGCAGAAGAUGUUUCAGAAUGCAGCCGAAGAGAAUGUAAGAAGCAUAAGAGCAUACGUAACAGAACUGAAAGAGCGUGUUGCCAAGCUGCAAUACCAGAAGCAGCUACUUGUUUGUCAGGUGCUUGAGCUGGAAGCAAAUGAAGCAGCUGGAUACAAUAUAGAGGAUGAUGAGAGUGCCAUUGAACCAGAGGAACCCCAAGUUGCAUGGCAUGUAACCUUCAGGGAGCAAAGGCAGCAGAUCAUUGAGUUAUGGGAUGUCUGCUAUGUCUCCAUCAUUCAUAGAACACAGUUUUAUUUGUUAUUCAAGGGAGAUCCUGCUGACCAAAUAUACAUGGAAGUGGAGCUUAGACGCUUAAAUUGGCUGCAGCAGCAUUUUGCAGAACUUGGAAAUGCAAGCCCAGCUCUUGUAGGAGAUGAGCCCUCAGUGUCUUUGUCAUCAAGUAUUAGAGCGCUGAAGCGUGAAAGGGAAUUCCUUGCAAAGAGGUUGACCUCACGCCUGAGUGUGGAGGAGAGAGAUGCAUUGUACAUAAAAUGGGAUGUACCACUGGACGGAAAGCAGAGGAAACUACAAUUCAUAAACAAGCUGUGGACAGAUCCUCAUGAUGCAAAACACAUAGAGGAGAGUGCUCAGAUAGUGGCAAAGCUUGUAGGGUUCUGCGAAGGCGGCAACAUGUCGAAAGAGAUGUUUGAGCUCAAUUUUGCGCUACCAGCUGACAAGAGGCCUUGGGUUGUGGGGUGGAAUCAGAUAUCAAACCUUCUUAAUUUGUAAGAGAAAGAAAGCCUUUUUUGUUUGUAAGUAGUUCCAUUUUGUGUACAUGUAAUUGAAUUUUUGGAGUCCUUUCUCCAGAUGUUCUAGUUUCAUCCAUUGCAGUGUCACCAAUCAAGCACACUGUGUGUGAGGAUUGUUUAAGCUAUUCUUUGUACUCUUCAUGUUUCAAUAAAGGAAUUUGGUUCAUCUUGCAUUCCCCUUC